AUGGGUUCGAUAGACACACAGACGGGUACAGAGAACGGCUCAACCCCAAUCCCAAUUCCUGAUGCCCAGCUCGCCGUCGGCGGCCACGGAUCUGUGCUACCACCGGCGUCAGAAUAUGCCGGUACGAAGACGGAAAACGACGCAUCUAGGAAGAGGAAAGCGAGUAUGCUACCUCUCGAGGUCGGUACUCGCGUCAUGUGCCGUUGGAGAGACGGAAAGUUUCAUCCAGUAAAAGUCAUCGAACGGCGCAAAGUGCAGUCGGGCGGUGCCAAUGAUUACGAGUACUACGUUCACUACACCGAGUUCAAUAGGAGGCUUGAUGAAUGGGUUAAACUUGAACAACUUGAUCUCAAUUCAGUGGAGACUGUUGUAGAUGAAAAGGUGGAGGACAAGGUGACAAGCUUGAAAAUGACACGCCACCAGAAACGUAAGAUAGACGAGACACAUGUAGAGGGCCAUGAGGAGCUUGAUGCUGCCAGCUUGCGUGAACAUGAAGAAUUUACAAAAGUGAAAAAUAUAGCAACCAUAGAACUUGGAAGAUAUGAGAUUGAGACGUGGUACUUCUCCCCCUUUCCACCAGAGUACAAUGACUGUUUGAAGCUGUACUUCUGUGAGUUCUGCCUCAAUUUCAUGAAGCGGAAAGAACAGCUUCAGAGGCAUAUGAAAAAAUGCGAUCUUAAGCACCCCCCUGGUGAUGAAAUAUAUCGGAGUGGUACCCUGUCAAUGUUUGAGGUUGAUGGCAAAAAGAACAAGGUUUAUGGACAAAAUCUUUGCUAUCUCGCAAAAUUGUUCCUUGAUCACAAGACCCUCUAUUAUGAUGUUGACUUGUUUCUGUUUUACGUGCUCUGUGAAUGCGAUGAUCGAGGAUGCCACAUGGUUGGAUACUUUUCCAAGGCAUUAAUAAUCCUGUUGAAUGGCGUCAUCACCACAAUGCCUGCAUGGUUAGCCAAUUUGACAGCAAGCGAGGGAAUGAACAUAGAAAUCCUGUUGAACAGCGUCAUCACCACAAUGCCUUCAUGGUUAGCCAAUUUGAUAGCAAGCAAGGGAAUGAACAUAGAAAUCCUUUGUUUGACUCCUUAUCUGGAGAAGCUUGAUACACAGGGUUUCGGGCUGACUCUUAUAUUUGAAGGGGAAAGAGGGGGGGUGAUGUUGCCUUUGAAGGGGGAAGGGAUACUCUAUGACAUGACCAUACUCCCCAUCCUCUCCCCUCUCGGCCCUCUCUUUCUCACUGUAGAGGAGCUAAGUGAUAUGACGGCUAUUAAGGCAGAGGAUAUCUUGGCCACCCUUCAGAGCUUGGAAUUGAUCCAGUAUCGAAAGGGGCAACAUGUCAUAUGUGCAGAUCCCAAGGUAUUGGAUCGUCAUCUUAAAGCAGCCGGCCGAGGUGGUCUUGAGGUUGAUGUUACCAAAUUGAUAUGGACUCCUUAUAAAGAGCAAAAUUGAUGCAUGGCAUUGCUGUCAACCUUGACCUUUGGCCUAACCUUCAUGUACAAAUUAAAUUUUUAGGGUAUUAAACCUUGUGAACGUUGGAUCUCCCAGGUGUUAGCUCUUUGAUGCCUUUUUUGUAAGUUGGUAUAGAUGUAUUUAAGAAAGUCUAAUCAGCAAAUCUGUGUUCUGACAUGUAUAAUAGGAUAGUUUGAUGUAUUUUGAUAUGUAUGUUAUUUAUCUAUUAGUUAUAACC